CCCUCUCGUUGGUGGUUGAGUCGCUGUCCCUUCGCUCCCUCGACGAGUCCGCCACUCGCAUUUACUUGCCACAUACAAAUAUCGCAUAAAUCCACUCACCCCACCAACCCACCAUCCCAAUCUCCUCUAUCUUUCUCUCUCUCUGUCUCUCGAAUCCACAACCAUGGAGGCCUCACAAGCUCUGUCACGCAUAGGACUGGCGGGUUUGGCCGUCAUGGGCCAAAACCUGGCACUAAACAUCGCCGAUAAAGGCUUCCCAAUCUCCGUCUACAACCGUACGGCCUCCAAGGUAGACGAGACUGUACACCGUGCCCACCAAGAAGGCCAGCUUCCCCUGAACGGCCAGUACAGCCCCAGAGACUUCGUCCUCUCCAUCCAGCGGCCCAGAUCGAUCAUCAUCCUGGUCAAGGCUGGCACGCCCGUUGAUCAAACCAUCGCCGCCCUCUCCUCCCACAUGGAACCCGGCGACGCCAUCAUCGACGGCGGCAACGAGUGGUACGAGAAUACCGAGAGGAGAAUCUCCGAGGUCUCCCAACAGGGUCUCCUCUAUCUAGGCAUGGGAGUCUCCGGUGGGGAGGAGGGUGCUCGUUACGGACCCUCGCUCAUGCCCGGAGGAUCCCACCAGGCCUACACGAACAUCCAAGACAUACUCCAAAAGGUCGCCGCGCAGGUCCCAAACGACGGGCCGUGCGUCACCUACAUCGGCGAGGGCGGGUCUGGGAACUUCGUGAAGAUGGUCCACAACGGGAUCGAGUACGGCGACAUGCAGCUCAUCUCGGAGGCCUACGACGUGUUGAAGAACGUCGGGGGGCUAAACAAUGAGGAGCUCUCGGAGAUCUUCGCUGAGUGGAACAGAGGUGAAUUGGAGAGCUUCUUGAUUGAGAUUACGGCUGAUAUUUUCAGGGUUAAGGAUGAUUUGGGAGAUGGGUUUUUGGUGGACACGAUUUUGGACAAGACUGGAAUGAAAGGGACUGGGAAAUGGACGGUCCAGCAGGCCGCGGAGCUGUCCGUGGCCGCGCCGACAAUUGCCGCAUCGUUGGAUUGCCGGUACCUGAGUGGGUUGAAGGAGGAGCGAGAGAACGCCGCGGAGGCAUUGAGAGAAGCGGGAAUGAAUGAGCCAGAUGGAGUGAAGCUUAGUGGGGUUGAUAAGAAGAGGUUGAUAGACGAUGUGAGGCAGGCACUGUACGCGUCAAAGAUAUGUAGCUAUGCCCAGGGGAUGAACUUAUUGAGGGCCAAGAGUGUGGAGAAAGGGUGGGGUUUGGAUUUGGGGGAGCUAGCGAGGAUUUGGAAAGGUGGGUGUAUUAUAAGAGCGGUGUUCUUGGAUAGGAUCAAGAAAGCCUAUCAGAGGAACCCCAAUUUGGCGAGCUUGGUGGUAGACCCAGAGUUUGCGAGGGAGAUGGUGCAGAGGCAGGCAGCGUGGCGGAGGGUGGUGGGGCUUGCGAUAUCGGCCGGGAUCAGCACGCCCGGGAUGUGUGCUAGUCUCGCCUAUUUUGAUACGUAUAGGCGGGCGAGGCUGCCAGCGAACCUUGUGCAGGCGCAGAGGGACCUGUUCGGGGCGCAUACCUAUGAGAGGAUUGAUCGGCCGGGGUCGUUUCAUACCGAGUGGUCGAAGCUUGCCCGGAAGAGUAAUUCAGGUGUUGCUGCUCUCAAUUGAGAUUUUUUUACUAUGGUUUGAUUGGUUAGGUUCACUUUGUUUCUUUUGAUGUUGGUGAUGAUGAUCAUGAUGCUAUUUGAAUUGGGGUUGUAUGUUUUGUUUAGGAUUCUCUGCUAAGGCAGAGCAAAGUAUUGCUUAGCCUUGCUUUUUCGGCUGUUAAUAACAAAAUGCAUGCCUUUUGAGUUUA